GAACGAGCCGUCGCCGCAAAUUGUAAAAUAUCCCAUCGCAGAGAGAUGUCAGGCUUAGCAUGUAAUUCGUGUAACAAGGAGUUCGAAGACGACUCUGACCAAAAGCUCCAUUACAAGUCCGAGUGGCACCGUUACAAUCUCAAGCGCAAGAUCGCUGGUGUUCCUGGAGUUACAGAAGCUUUGUUUGAAGCUAGACAAGCUGCGAUUGCUCAGGAGAAGAUCAAAUCUAAAGAAGCACCUCUGCUUUACACUUGUGGCGUCUGUGACAAAUCUUACAGAAGCUCCAAAGCUCAUGAGCAGCAUCUCAAGUCGAAGAGCCACGUUCUGAAGGCUUCAAGCAACGGAGAGGAGGAUAAAGCCAUCAUUAAGCAGCUUCCUCCUCCUCGCCGUGUUGAGAAGAAGGACCUUGCUAAGCUUAAGGGUUCGAUUGAGGAAGAGAGUGAAGAGAGUGAGGAUGAAUGGGUUGAGGUUGAUUCUGACGAGGAUUUGGAGGAGGGUGAAGAAGAUAUGGAUGAGGAUGAUGAGGAGGGUGAAGCUGAAGGUGAAGAUAUGGAUGAGGAUGAUGAUUUUGAGUUGGAUCCGACUUGCUGUUUGAUGUGUGAUAAGAAGCAUAAGACGAUAGAGAAGUGUAUGGUUCAUAUGCAUAAGUUCCAUGGGUUCUUCAUUCCUGAUAUUGAGUACCUCAAGGAUCCUAAAGGGUUUCUAACUUACGUUGGUUUAAAGGUCAAGAGAGACUUCAUUUGUUUGUACUGCAAUGAACUGUGCCAUCCAUUUAGCAGUUUGGAAGCUGUUAGAAAGCAUAUGGAAGCCAAGGGUCACUGCAAAGUGCAUUACGGUGAUGGUGGUGAUGAAGAAGAUGCAGAGCUAGAAGAGUUCUAUGACUACAGUAGCAGUUACGCCAAUGAAGGCGAAAACCAGAUGGUUGUAGCUGGUGAAUCAGCUAAUACCGUGGAGCUUUUCGGUGGGUCUGAGCUUGUGAUCACCAAGAGAGGGGAGAACAAAGUAACGUCUCGGACUCUUGGGUCUCGAGAGUUUAUGCGCUACUACAAACAGAAGCCACCACCAUCUUCUCAGAAACACAUCACCAACUCUCUAGCUAUGAGGUACAAGAGCAUGGGUUUGGCAACGGUGCAGUCGAAGGAGGAUAUAGUGAGGAUGAAGGUGAUGAGAGAGAUGAACAAGAGAGGAGCUAGGAUGAGUGUUAGGCUCGGAAUGAAGAGCAACGUCAUCAGAAACCUGCCCAACAAUGUCACGUACUAG